GGUUAUCAAAGCGCAGAAGAAACGGCCGCUCCCAAACGAAAAAAGCUCGUACGCACGGAUAGAAAAUGGCCGGAGAUGGAGAAGGGCCUUCUCCUUCGACCCCGAACUCGCCGUCCUCCACCGGUUUCAACAGUGAUCAGCUUCCUCACACUGACCGCAGCUUAGAGAACUUCACCGACGAUGAUUACGACGAUGAGGAGGCCGCCGUCGAUCCUGUAAUUAUCCGUGACGAGCCCGAAGAGGUUGAGGAAGAGGAAGAUGGAGAGGAUCUUUUCAAUGAUACGUUCAUGGAUGAUUAUCGGAGGAUGAAUGAGCAUGACCAGUACGAGUCGGUGGGGCUGGAUGACUCUCUAGAGGACGAGCGAGAUUUGGACCAGAUCAUGCGGGACCGCAGGGCUGCAGAGUUGCAGCUCGACGCCCGCGAUGGCCGCAACGUCAACCGCAAGCUUCCUGAGCUUCUCCAUGACCAAGACACAGAUGAUGAUAACUAUAGGCCGUCAAAGAGGUCUAGAGCUGAUUUCAGGCCUCCUGCACCAAGAAGCUUUGACGACGCUGAUGGAAUGCAAAGUUCACCUGGAAGAUCACAGCGAGGACAAUCAAGAGAGGAUGUGCCCAUGACUGAUCAGACUGAUGAUGAUCCAUAUGAGGAUGAAGAGGAUGAUGAAGGUGAAUUUGAGAUGUAUCGAGUUCAAGGAACUCUGAGAGAGUGGGUUACUAGGGAUGAAGUGCGUCGCUUUAUAGCAAAGAAGUUUAAGGAUUUUCUACUUACAUAUGUGAAUCCAAAGAAUGAUCAUGGCAACUUUGAAUAUGUACGGAUAAUCAAUGAGAUGGUAUCAGCUAAUAAGUGUAGCUUGGAGAUUGAUUACAAACAAUUUAUCUACAUCCAUCCCAAUAUUGCCAUCUGGUUGGCUGAUGCCCCACAAUCUGUCCUUGAAGUAAUGGAAGAUGUUGCCAAGAGUGUUGUCUUUGAUUUACAUCCAAACUACAAAAAUAUCCAUCAAAAGAUCUAUGUUCGCAUUACCAACUUACCUGUUUAUGAUCAGAUUCGGAAUAUUAGGCAAAUCCAUUUGAAUACCAUGAUUCGUAUUGGUGGAGUUGUGACCCGUCGCUCUGGGGUCUUCCCCCAGUUGCAACAGGUAAAGUAUGAUUGCAACAAAUGUGGGGCAAUUUUGGGACCAUUUUUUCAGAAUUCAUAUUCAGAAGUGAAGGUUGGUUCGUGCCCAGAAUGCCAAUCGAGUGGACCAUUCACCGUCAAUAUUGAACAGACAAUUUACAGGAACUACCAAAAGCUUACACUCCAGGAAAGCCCUGGAAUUGUGCCUGCGGGUCGGCUUCCUAGAUACAAGGAAGUGAUACUGUUGAAUGAUCUGAUUGAUUGUGCCCGUCCUGGGGAAGAGAUUGAGGUCACGGGUAUUUAUACAAAUAAUUUCGACUUAUCUUUGAAUACAAAGAAUGGUUUUCCUGUAUUUGCCACUGUUGUUGAAGCAAACUAUGUCACAAAGAAGCAAGACCUGUUUUCUGCAUACAAACUUACCCAGGAAGAUAAAGAAGAGAUAGACAAGUUGUCUAAAGACCCCAGAAUAGGAGAAAGGAUUAUCAAGUCCAUUGCCCCAUCAAUCUAUGGCCAUGAAGGUAUAAAAACUGCAAUAGCUCUUGCUAUGUUUGGAGGCCAAGAGAAAAAUGUUGAGGGGAAACACAGAUUACGAGGGGACAUAAAUGUACUUCUCCUAGGUGAUCCAGGGACGGCCAAGUCACAAUUUCUCAAGUACAUUGAAAAGACUGGGCAGAGGGCUGUGUAUACUACUGGAAAAGGAGCUUCUGCUGUGGGGCUCACGGCAGCAGUGCACAAGGACCCAGUCACAAGGGAGUGGACUCUUGAAGGAGGGGCCCUUGUUCUUGCUGAUAAAGGAAUUUGCCUUAUUGAUGAGUUUGACAAGAUGAACGAUCAAGACAGGGUGAGUAUUCAUGAGGCAAUGGAGCAGCAGAGUAUUAGCAUAUCAAAGGCUGGGAUUGUCACUUCUCUCCAGGCACGAUGCUCUGUGAUUGCUGCAGCUAAUCCUAUUGGAGGAAGAUAUGAUUCCUCGAAAACAUUUUCACAUAAUGUCGAGUUAACAGAUCCCAUUGUUUCUCGUUUUGACAUCCUCUGCGUUGUGAAGGAUGUAGUCGACUCUGUCACGGAUGAGAUGCUUGCAAAGUUUGUGGUUGACAGCCAUUUUAAGUCGCAACCCAAGGGUGGUAACAUUGAUGAUAAGUCUGUAAGCGAGUCCAAUGAAGAUAAUCAAUCAGCUUCCAGGCCGGUUGAUCCUGAGAUCUGUCUUCUUUUCCAGAUACUUCCUCAAGAUCUGCUAAAGAAGUACAUAACUUAUGCCAAGUUGAAUGUAUUUCCAAGGUUGCAUGAUGCUGAUAUGGAUAAGCUCACACAUGUUUAUGCCGAACUGCGAAGAGAAUCUUCGCAUGGACAAGGGGUGCCUAUUGCAGUGAGGCACAUAGAGUCAAUGAUACGGAUGUCAGAAGCACAUGCUAGAAUGCACCUCAGACAGCAUGUCACACAAGAAGAUGUAGAUAUGGCCAUUUGUGUCCUGCUUGAUUCAUUUAUUUCAACCCAAAAGUUCGGGGUACAGAAAGCUUUGCAAAAGAGCUUUAGAAAGUACAUGACUUUCAAGAAGGAUUAUAACGAACUGCUUCUAUAUCUUCUUCGUGAGCUUGUCAAGAAUGCACUGCAUUUUGAAGAAAUUGUUACUGGUUCUACUUUAGGGCUUACCCACAUUGAUGUGAAAGUAGAGGAAUUGCAGAACAAGGCACAAGAACAUGAUAUAUACGAUCUAAAACCCUUCUUUACGAGCCUCCACUUUUCUAGAGCCAAUUUUUCGUUGGAUGAAGACCGGGGAGUGAUCAGGCAUCGCCUUGCAAGAUGAUGACAAAAAUAUUGCGCAUCAUUUUUUCCUAGGAAAAUUAAUCGGUCAGUACCCUCGGGGUAAAGCUGUUCCAACAACGGUUUCUCGAGAACAGCUGUGGAUAUUUAUUACGGAAAAUGUUUUCAUUGGAAUUAGUUACUAUUUUCAUACGUACGUGUAUGUUCUAUGUGAGUUGUUAAAAGGAUUGAUGGGAAUUUUUAAGUGUUGUGGGCAAGGAAUGCCUUCGUUUGUUUAGAUUUUGAAGGUAAUAGACUUGAAUUCGAAUAGCAUAGCUAAA